GCACCGGCACCGGGAGGGGGGUACCGGGACCGGCCCCCCCCGCCCCCCCUCCCCCCAGCCAUGCCGAUCCGGGCGCACUGCUCCAUCUGCUCCGAUUUCUUCGACAACGAGCGGGACGUGGCGGCCCUGCUGUGUGGGCACACCUUCCACAGCGCCUGCCUCAGCCGCUGGUUCGAGGCGGCGCCCAGCAGGACCUGCCCGCAGUGCCGCACGCAGGUGAGCAAGAGGCACAUCAUCACCAAGCUGUUCUUCAACGUCACCUUGGAGGAGCAGGCGGCGCCGGACGCGGAGACCCUACAGAAUGAACUGGACAAGGCGAAGGCUCAGCUCUCUGCGAAAGAGAAAGAAAAGCGAGAAUGCCAGGCCAUCGUGGACGGGCUGCGGGACACUCUCGAUGUGCGCAAUGCCACCAUAGAGUCGCUCCAGAAGGUGCUGGGAGAGACGGAGAUGCUGUGUUCCUCUCUCAAGAAACAGAUGAAAUUCCUGGAGCAGCAGCAGGAGGAUAACAGGAGUUCAAAGGAGGAGGCCCGCCGCCUGCGGAACAAGCUGAAAACCAUGGAGCGGAUCGAACUGUUGCUUCAGAGCCAGCGCCCCGAAGUGGAGGAGAUGAUCCGAGAGAUGGGAGUUGGGCAGGCAGCAGUGGAGCAGCUUGCGGUGUACUGCGUCUCGCUGAAGAAGGAAUAUGAGAACUUGAAGGAGGCUCGCAAGGUAUCCAGUGAGAUGACAGAGAAGCUGAAGAAGGAGCUGUUUGCUGCCAACAGCAAGCUGCAGAGAACUGUUUCAGACUUGGAGAACACAAAGGAGGAGUUAAAAAGCACCCAGAAGGAUUUGAAGAAUGCAGACAAGGAGAUCUUGAGUUUGAAGAAGAAGAUAGACAUCCUGCAGGAUACUCUGAAAGUGCCAUCUGUGACCAGGGAGACGCUCAGCCGACUGGUCUUCGAAAGCCCUGCUCCCGUGGAACUGCGGCACCCGAAGCUCCACCGCCCGGCCCAGAGCGACGAGAUCGAUCUAGAUGCCACCUUUGAUGUGGACACCCCCGAAAAUCAGCCCUGCAAAUCUCUCUUCAGCCCUGCGAAAAGGCAGAAGCUGGAUAAAAAGCCGCCUCCCGUGGUAAAUCUGGCAAAGAAAGUUCUGAAGGAAACAGUGGAGAACAGGGCAGAUGAUCUGGAGGAUGAGGCUCUUAAAGGGCUGCUGCCAGCAUUCAUCAGGAACUCUGUUCACUCCAAGAAGCUGACACCGGGCAGCUUGCUGGGUUCCCACAAGAACACAGGCACGGUGAGGAUGGGGUACGACGGCUUGGGAGGCAGAACAAAGUUCAUCCAGCCUACCGACCCCGCAGCCCUCCGGCCCUGUGUGGUGAGGAGCAAGAAGAAGAACGGCUCCAGGCCGGGGGCGGCAGCUCCCCCCGCGUCCCGCAGCAGCAGCCAGGCGCGGCUGGACGGCUUCCUGCACUGAGCCAUGGGGGAGCGGCGGGCAGGAGGCUGGCUGCGGGCACAGCCCCUUUUCCCCUUCCCCUCUCCCCUUUUCCUGCACAAUAAACGCGUUUGCUCCUUCUGUGAUGUCA